CCUUCUCCUGUGGGAUGCUCCGACCCGCGGCGCUCCCUGGGGAUGGGGCUCAGUGGCCCCGGGGGGAUCCCGACAGGAGCAGCCCCCAGCCCUCACCGGCUCCUUGGAGCCUGGGACCCCCGGCGGGCACCCGGAGCCUUGCAGCGAGCCGCUCUUCUGCAGGGUUCCCAUUUCGGGGCCCGAAGGGGAAAGGGGAACCGGUGCCUCCGGCUGCUGCAGGGUGCAAUGAACCCCCUGACCGCCGGCACCCUCCGCCGGGCCGAUGGAGCCUCCUCUCGGAGCUGGGUGCUGGUGAUGGGCAGCCCAUGGCGCUCGGUGCCUGCACCGUGCCCUGGCAGGGCCUGUGCUGCCGUGAUGGGGGCACAGGGGUCCUGUGGGGCUGGGGGAUGCAGCCACCCCCUCCCCUGUGGCUGGGCUCCAAGGCACUGCUGCUGCCCUGGGCAAUGGCACAGGCAGAAGUUGCGGUGUUGGUCUGUGCCUGCCCCCAGGCGAGCUGAGGUUGAGCCCUGGUCACCCCAGGGCAGCCGGUGGUGGUGGCUCUGCAUGGCCAUGGGGAUGUGGCUGGGUUCUGCUUGCCCGGCCUUGCAGGGUUUUGCAUUUCAUCACCGGCAGAAGACGGGUCCCUGCUUGCAUCUGGGCUGGGCUGCACCCGCGCUGAGCGGGUGGACACGCACCGGAGCCUUGCUGCUGCGUGCUCCUGGGUGCUUCAGCUUGAUUCAGCAAGACCUGAGCCAGUUUUACUGCCCCGCUGUCUGCUGGAGGCUGACAUCACCCACUGGGAACCAGUCAAACCAGCGGCACUCUCCCAGUCCGUGCCAGCCCUUGCGACUGGGCUGUGGUGGGGUCUGCUUUGGGGCCAGUCCCCUCCGACCCCAGUCCCGUGCUGGCCGUGGUGUGGGAAGAGGAGCCUCUGCACUGGGAGGAUGGUGGGAUCCCCCGGAUGGGAUGCUCGAGGUGUUGUGUGAACCUGACCUCAGCUGGACCAUCCCUGCAUCCCACCAGAUGCAUCCCAGCUGGUCCAUUCCCACUCCAGGGAUCCCAGGAUGGAGUGGGAUGGGUGAGAGGCCACGCUGCCGGUGAUGCUGCUGGCCCGGGCAGCUGGUCUCCAUUUGGGAGGAGGCGUCCGCAUUCCUGGCAUAGCCGCGGUGACCAAGGAAUCUGCGGCGGCGCAUUCGGCCCCGCCGGAGGGGAGAGCAUCGCAUGGCCGGGGACCCCGGGGC